ACGUAGCUCCUCCCCUCAAUACGUCACAAGGUCCCUUCAGCCCCUCCGAUAUAGAACCAACGCUGUGGCUGCUGUCCCACAGCACGGUGCGGUGUGAGGAUGGCUGUGCUGGACAGGCUGACCUUCCUGCACCAGCUUCCAUUGCUGAUAAAAGGGACCUCUGAUGAUGACACCCCAUGUCCUGGAUACUUAUAUGAGGAAAUUGCCAAGAUCCCUCUGGAGUCUCCAGGUAGCUGUCGGUGUCUCCUGGAAUAUUUGUUGAACCGUUUGCAGAGCAGCUCAUGUAAUGUAAAGUUAAAGGUGCUGAAAAUUCUACUUUAUCUGUGCACUCAUGGGUCUGAUCAAUUCAUCCAGGAUCUCCGGCGCAAUUUGGUGUACAUCCAGGAGGCUGCAGCUGUUGGUGGCCCACCAGACCCUCUUCAUGGUAUCAGCAUGUACCAGAAGGUACGAUGUACUGCUCAGGAACUUGUUAGCAGCUUAUUCUCAGACAUCACCCCUCCUGUGUCAAAUGUGGUUCCAACCAAGUCCCAGACAGGAAUGGGCUCUCAGGUGUUUCGCCCCCAGACUAUGCAAGGGUUUGGAUUUUCCCAAGAGAAAAACAAUUCAGGGACCCCAAGUGAAGUUCUGCUCAGUGGUAUACAGAGAGCAGCAGUGGCUGUGACUCAGGCAGUGCUAGUAGGCACAUCAUUACCUCCUUCUUGCGUAAUGGAUCAGGCAGAGGACAUGUAUAAGCCAGUGGCAGUGCCCAUUGAUGACCGGUGUCCACCUGCAGAGAAGACUCCAGGAGCACACACCUUCAGAGGAAGUUAUCGCACAGGAGUAGCUGGGGGAGGAUGGGAUGACAGUGACAGUGGACAUAGCUCCCAGGACUCCUUACCGGAUAAACCGCCACACAGUCGAUCCUCAGAUGCCGGUAGCAAAACAGGCAGCGAUGGCCAGUCCCGCAGUAGCAUCAGAGAGAGCACAGAAAGGGUGGAACCUGCUCAUCCUGGUGACUGUCUUCAAGAGGCACAGCUGGUUUUGACAGUGAUCAGGGGUCAAAAAGUAUUCCUGACCCAGGAGGAGGUGCAGCUUUUUGUUAGAGGGUGUUCACUGCUGAAUUGUGAAGUGGUGUUUGAGAUGUUAAAUCAUUCAUUGGAAGGAGAUGAUACAUGUGUCAAACUGCGCUCCAUGUGUGCUAUUGCUUCUCUGAUGACCUCUGAUCUUUUGUCACAUGACCACAUGUUAUCAGUGGUCAGAAAGACUUUGCUGAAGCUCAGCAAAGGACCACCAGGACCUGUUGUGGACAAGGCCAGGAAGAUUCUGCUCCAGUUUGAAGCGCUUACACGGACAUCACCCAUGCACAGGGCUGCCCGUCAUGUGCCUACACCACCGUCACCUCAAUCCAGCUCAUUGGAUCUUUUAACUGAUGUAUUUCCAGAACCAGAUGGAGACAAAUUACUGACCCCCUCUUCACUUAUCCCAGAAUCCAGCUCCACAAAUGCUGCCUGCUGUGGAUUUCGUGUGAACGGACCCAUGCAAGACAGAAGCCAAAGCAUGGACACUGGUGCAAGAGCUCCUGACAGUGGUUCAGCUGUGGAAGGUGAUUCCGAGGUGUUGGCUCAGACUGUUACAUGUGGCCAAUUGUCUCUAUUUGAUGGCAUGGAGUUGGUUACGCCUGUGAGAAGUACAAUAGUAGAUCACACAUCCCAUGAUACAACCAUGGCAGAUACAGUAGUACAUGGAAGAACGCUAAAGCCAUGUCUGCCCUCUGUAUUCUCCUUCCUGAACAGCUGAGGGUACAUGUAGUGCUGAAUGGAGACCUUUAUUGGAUGGAUAACUUUUUGUGAUGGUUGUUUUGUUACAGCCGUUGAUAUCAUGAAAGUCUGAAGCAUGGGUACUGUAGCUGGGCUUUCCAGUACUAGAACACAUGGACUGUGCAACUACCUUGUCCCUGUCCAAGUAUUACAAGUAUGAAGAAUGCACAUGGUAUAAUGCCAAACCCACAUGGCAAGUACCCUUAUAAAAUUGUAUACAAUUGUCUGUGUAUGUUGUCCGGGAAGGUGAGGGCAAUAUAAAAUGCCACUGGUGGACCGCCAUUUCCACAGCAGCAGAGGAAAGCAUUGGAGCUAAAUUACCCACACACAAUGUAAUAAUCUGUUGGUGAAUAUGCUGGUAUAAGACCUUCCUUCUGUAUGUACAGUAUGUUUACAGGAAAAAUUAAAAAAAUGAGAAUUA